CCGCACUCUACUAACACCAAUUAACAACAGGGUCUCUACACCAUUCAUUCACGCCGACUACCUGUCCUCUACCUGCCAUCUACUUAAUCCCCCCCCCCCCAAAAGAGAAGGCUGCGAGGGGUGGGAGAGGCUGUGAGCUGGUGGUGUCGGUAUGGUCGCGGUGGACGCUCUCUCCAUUAAUAUGCACUCCUUCCUGGCUGAGCCUACUUGACGCACGCUCCCCAUGAUUCGGUGUGAUUAGAGGGAUCGAUCCCCUUCCGUCUAGAGACAGUUGUCUGCAUGGCUCUCUGCGCCCUCCACGUGAACUCUGUUACUCGGCGUGGCAGCCUUCUUGACAGACUAAGCCUGGCGGACGAUUAAAGAGUAUAUAAAGCUUUGUCCCCCGCCCCCCCUGCUGUUCGGGCUCCUACGCAGAUAUACUACAUACACUUAUAUACGCAUACCUAUCUUUUGGCUUGUUCUGGCCACAAAUCAACAUGCAGAAUGGGCACAACCAUGCCCCUCGACCAGAUCAAGCGCUUCGAGGUCACCGAAGUCUAUGCCCACCCCGAAGCCACUGUCGACAUCGUCCUCGUCCACGGCCUCAACGGCCACCCACAGAACACAUGGACCGCAAAGAACGGCGUCUUCUGGCCCAGCGAGCUGCUGCCUCUGACACUACGGCAGGCCACGGCCAGGGUCCUAGUCUAUGGCUACAACGCAGACGUAUAUACUUUCGGCAGCGAUAAGAGCGCAAGCUCUGAUAUGAUACAUCAGCAUGCACAGAGCCUGUUAACGGGGCUGAGCAUGGAGAGGAUGAGCGAGGAGAAGGAGGAGAAUGCGAUCAUCUGGGUUGCACAUAGCUUAGGUGGCAUACUGGUAAAGAGGGCACUGGAACUCUCAAACGACCUCACGAGCAAGAGCGCUGACCCGAGCCGCUCCAUCUACGUCUCUACCUACGGCAUCAUCUUCCUGGGCACGCCGCACCUUGGUGCUGACGGCGCGAAAUGGGGACAAGUUUUGCACUCGCUGGUGCGGACCGUCAUGCCCAAGAAGAUCGUCGAGACGGAGGACCAGCUUCUCAAGACGCUCCAGAACAACAACGAGACCCUGCAGAACAUCAACCUGCACUUCCUCGACAUCUACCAGCGCUUCGAGAUCGACAUGGUGCACGAGGCUAUGAGAACUGAUCUCAAGGGCACCAAGAUCUUCGUCGUCGACCAGGCCUCUGCCUCCCCACCGCUGCCAGGCGUCCGAUACUACGGCAUCGAAGGCACGCACUCGUCCAUGUGUAAGUUUGAGAGCAAGAACGCCCCGGGCUAUCUGAAUGUCAGCACGGCGAUCAAGGGGUGGGCAAAUGACUGCACGCCAAAGAUCCAGGCGAGGUGGGCUGCAGAGCGGAAGGCAAGGAGGCAGGCCAAGGAGAAUGAGGCUAAGGAGCUGUUGGGCAUCUUCGUGACGGAUAAGGAUGAUACUUUGAGUGCCCUGGUGGCACAGCCGCGGCCACAGGAGGCGUCGGGAAUUUCAAACAACUCGUCGCUCGCCGUAUCGAACGCAAAUCUCGCCCAGCCUGCUGCCAGACCCGCUGACGCCGCUACUACCACAGCCCCCACCGCGUUCUUCAUCAAGCCCCAAGGCUUUCGUCCUAACUCCCUCUUCGUCGGCCGCGAGGAGGAACUCGAAAAGAUGCACCGCAUGCUUUUCGACCGCAAGCGCCGCGCCGAGGGCGUCGCCGCUGUCCUCAUCCAGUGCAUCCCUGGCGGCGGAAAGACACAUCUUGCGCGCGAAUAUGUCUACAAGCACCUCCAAGACUUCCCCGGCGGCGUCUUCUGGGUCACUGCCAAGUCGCCCGAGCAGCUCGAGGCUGGUUUCUGGCAUAUUGCUGCUACUGUUGCGUUACCACCUGCGAGUGGUAGCGUGGCGGCGAAGGAGACUGAGGAUUUUGUCAGGUGCGUUAUUGAGUGGUUUACUACGCACCAUGACUGGCUGCUUGUUCUGGAUGGAAUCCACUUCGACCACAAUGAGACUCUCAGUCGCUUCAUCCCCGAUAGCACGAAUAGCAGCCUUCUCUACACAUCCACCGAGCACAGUGUCAGUGGCGACCACCACUUCAUGAACCCGGAGGUUAUCAGGGUACCUCUACUAUCAGCGCGCGCAGCACAGGAACUCUUUCUCCAGGAACUGGGCCGAAAGAACCCGACAACAGACGACCUCGCCGAGGCGAUGAAGCUGGUGCAAAGAAUGGGGUUUCUGCCGGAGGUAAUUCAUGUGGCAGCGAAGAGGUUGAAAUCGACGCAGGAACCGUUGGCGAAGUUUGCGAGAGCGUACGCAUCAGGGCCGAAGCUGAGGGCCCUGGAUACCUAUGUAGCUGUUGUGGAGCAGCUACGGAACUCAGAGGCGGAUGAGGCAUUGAAUCUGAUUAGUAUACUGGCGUUCUUCAGCAGUAGUAUCCCGGUGGAAAUGAUUUCUCUGGGCCUCAAAUCAGUCGACAUCCCCGUCAAAACCUACGAGAUGGCAACCGGCCGAUCCCUAAACAACACCUUCAAAAUCCUCAACAGCUACGCCCUCAUCAGCCGCUCCGAACACGACCUCAGCCCCCACGCCUCCACCUCCUCCAAAGACUCCUCCCACCUCCUCGCCGACGACCUCGACAUAAUCCGCAUCCACUCCGUCGUCCAAGACUUCUUCAUCGACUCCCUCCGCGCCGCCGGCACCCGCGCCACCUGGCUCGCCCGCGCAAAGACCCUCUUCACCAAAUCCUACGACCAGGCAUCCCAGCGCAUCCAAGCCAAGACCAACGCAGGCCUCGUCGGCGACUUCCGCUCCUACGAGAUCCACGCCCGCUGCCUGCUAGCUCACCUCGCGCGCCUAGAGCGUAAGGGCCCAUCUCUCCCCGCUAUCCGCGAGCCACUCGAAGCGUCGCUCCGCGACAUCAUGGCGGAAAUUGUGCGGCGGACCCGCGAGUCGUCGCUGGAUAUCGCGAGAGGCAGCAGCGACGAGGCGUUCAUGCUGUCAAUUUUCGACCGCACGAGCUCCUCGUCUGAUACUGGCCCGGAGACGCCCGGUCCUGCUGAUUCGUACCCGCCAGGCGCUCACCUCUGGGGUAUGGAGGCUUCGCAGCUGGAAAGCCCCGUGAACGUGAAUGAUUUCCCGCUGAAGUUCCCGGCGAUUCCAGAGGUUGACGAUGGGUAUGACUCAGACUGGUCAUCCAACGCCUCCGCCUCCGUCAUAAUGCGCGGCUCCCACUAUUCCAUCGGCCCAGGCAUCGCCCCCACUGGUCCCACAAACACCAUCACCUCCCCGACCUCCCAACUCGACUCCCCCACACCGACAAAAGAAGAAUGGACCGUGGCCCCCCCACGCCAUCCCCGCACCACCCUCCCCCGCGCAGACCUCCACCGCACCACCCGCGCCCUCGAAGCAUCCCGCUAUCACGACACCACAGGCGCCUUCCGCGCCGCCGCCGACCCCCGCGUCUCCCUCUCUCACGAGACCGCCAUGGGGGUUCUCGAGCGCCGCGGCCGCCCAGGUAACCGAGGCGUCGAAGGCGUAAUGGGCAUACCCAUCCCCGGCGCGAAAGGGAACCUGCCUAGUGGACUCAGCGCGGCAGAGGUGGCGCUGGGGGAGAUUAGUAAGAGUUCGCCGCCGCCGAGUAGGGGGGGAGGACAUAUCCAGGACCGGGGGAGGAGAACGAGUAGUCAGAGGAGGCCGAGCGAGAUGUUGGGUGGGAAGAGCGCUGGAUGGCAGGGCGAGGCGGUCGCGGGGGAUACGAUCUUCGAAGCUGUCGGUAGUCCUCUUUCGACAUCCACGUCCGGAUCAUGCACUGGAUUAGGACAAAAGAGAUCCAGGAGCAAACCCUCACCCCGCCCAAGGCCAGCUACUCCGGCGGUGACGGCACUAAGGGGUAUCCCAUACGAACCCCGACCCUCAUCCUCCUCCUCCUCCUCCUCCGCCACCACAGCCGCCCAACCCCGCAGAGAAGAAAACAGCCUCUCCCCCCGCCCCCCGCUACGCAUGUACACCCAACCCUACCCCAUCUCAACACCCGACUUCUCGUCCCCCCUCCCCCCUGCCAAAUACCCCCGCCAAACAGGUCCCCUCCCAAUCGAAUACGCACCCGCCCUCUCCACAGCACCUGUUCUCAAAUCCUCCGACGUCUGUCCCCACGUCGCCAGCACCGUCAGCGCACCGACGCCGUACUUGUACCCCCAAGCCCCCGCGAUGGGCGGAUCUCAGCAGGGCGGGUCGGGGUCGGGAUCAGGACAGGGACGGGCAUACUUCCCCCUCAUACCCGCGACCCCGCAACAGCCCCGCCGCGUAGGGGGGUACAGCUCUCAACCCAUGUCGCGUAAUGUCUCCGGGUAUAGUUCUGCGCCUAUGAGUCGCGAUGCGUCGGCGGGUUUGUCGGCGCAGUCAGGGAGCGGGAGUGGGGGGUCCAGGAGUGGGGGGUCGAUGAGGAUUGGUGGGAGUGAUGGAGGGGGGUACCGAGGGGGAUGGCGAGGGGGAGGGGGGAGUUGA